AUGGCCAAUUCUAAGGAGAAAAUUGUACUUUUUGAGGGAGGGGAAGAAAAUGAGCUAGGGCAUUUAAGGGAGGAGAUAGUCAAAAUGAAGGAAGAUCGCGCGGAAAUGCUGCGAGUUAUAGAAAUGCAGGUCGAAAUGCAAAAGCGACUCGAAACCAAGAUAAGCGACUUGGAGGAAACGAACCCCAAUAUUGCUAGACUAGCUGCGCAAAUGCUAGAGCUACAAACAGAAUUAAAAAAGCAGAAAAGAGAUAAACCACAAAAACGCGAGACGCAAGAAGGGAAUGUUGCAUCGACAAGCGCAUCGGCAAACAACUCUAGCUCGGUUUCCGAAGUGCUUAUCAGGGGAAUGGUUGACGCAUUGAAGGAGCGCGCAACAAAGGACUCUUUGAUGGAGCUUCCGAUUUUCGACGGGGAUUUUAAAAAAUGGACGCAUUUUAAAUCCAUUUAUGAUAAAACUUCUUCGGAAGGAAAAUUUUCCGAUUUGGAAAAUCUAACUCGCCUACAAAGAUCAUUAAAGGGGGAAGCCGCGACGUGCGUAGGCGGAUUAAUGCUCGAUGCGCAGAACGUCGAUUUAAUUAUAAAGCGUCUAGAGCAAGAAUUUGGAGCGCCCGAUUUGAUUUACAACGCGCUGUUGAAGGAAUUAAUGAACGUAGAGAAUCCUACAAUGCAAAGGCCGAAGUCAAUCACAGCUUUCAUGCACGCCUUAAACAACCUUGUGGUGAACAUGGUAACGCUAGAUCAAGAAGAAUACCUCAACGACCAACGCCUCUUGAAAGACUUAGCACAAAGACUUCCACCUAAUAUAAAGGAAAGGUGGUACAUGCACCUCCAAGAUGAUAAUAGAAAAACUGGGAAAAAUAAGAUAAAAACAUUGAAAGAUUUUGCCACAUGGUUGAAGCCUACGGAAGAGUUAGCAAUAAUGCUAACAGCCGAAACCACUAAGAAACAAGACAAUUCUCAAAGGCUCCCACAUAAUAUUCAAUCUGUCAAUCGCGAUACUCGACCGCAGCAACGAAACAGCUCUUAUAACAAUCCACCUCCUAGAUCUCGAUUUAGAUGCCUCAUUUGUGGCUAUGAUCACAGAGCCACUGAUUGCCAAGAAUUUAAAAAUAUGCCAAUAGAACGAAGAUGGGAAACCGUGAGACGUAUGCGCAUCUGUGUUAACUGUUGCAAUCAAACUAACCACGAUGCACAUAGUUGUUAUUUGCCUCCGCAAUGCAGGCAAUAUGGUUGUCGGGGAAGACACCACACCUUGCUCCAUCGCAUUUCAAUCCAGGAUCCAACUACACCGGUACGCACGGAAAAUUUAAACAUUCACAAGGAACCGGAAUUACCUGAAAUAUACUUUCAAAUUAUACCUGUGACCAUUCGCCACGGGGAUAAUGAACUUGAGACCUUUGCCUUUAUGGACUCAGGGUCUUCCGCAAGUUUGAUUUUACGCGAUCUCAAAGAAGAACUGCAAGUGGAGGGAUCACCUCGGCCAUUUUCUUUGGCUUGGACAAACGGAUCCAUUCAGGAGGAACCAGGCAGCCAAACUGUGUCCAUUUUGAUUAAGGACCAGUCUGGAAAAUUUAUUAACCUUGAUGGCCUGAGAACAGUAGAGUCAAUGGAGCUACCAAAACAAACCGUUGAUGGAGCAGCGCUUAAAAGAAAAUAUCGGCAUUUAAAGGGAAUUCAUUUAGCAAGCUAUCGCGAUGGACUACCCAAAAUAAUUAUCGGGUUACCACAUGCUCACCUCAUGUGUGCAUUACGCACCAAAUUAGGACGCGCGGGAGGACCAAUAGCUAUGCAAACCCACCUGGGGUGGGUAUUACUAGGAGCAAGUAGUUCAAAAUCAAAACAGGAAAGAUUGUUUUCUCUCAUGGAGAAUGGCAAAGAAGAAAAAACAAUGGCGGAUCUAAUGAAAGGGUAUUUUUCUACCGAAGAGUUCGGUGUUAAGCUCGUCACCAACUUGCCUCAAUCAAAAGAAGAAGAGAGAGCAAAAAUACUAAUGAAGGAAACAUUAAAUAAAACGAAGAACGGGUAUGAAAUAGGUCUACUAUGGAAAAGAGAUGAGAUCAGACUCCCGGAAAGCUUCGCUCAAGCACUAAGAAGACUGCAAUGUUUAGAAAGGAAGAUGGAAAGAGACGCGAUACUAAAGAAAUGGUAUCACGAAGAGAUAGCUGCAUAUUGUCAAAAGGGAUACGCUCAAGCGAUCGAAGGGAACAAUCUGUUGAAAGAUGAACAUAACCCCAAACUAAAUUACAUACCGCACUUUGCUGUAAUAAAUUACAACAAGCCCAAACCUAAACCGAGACUUGUAUUUGAUGCUGCAGCAAAAAAUAAUGGCAUAUCACUUAAUUCACAAUUGCUGUCCGGACCUGAUGCAGUUGCAUCUCUUUUCGGCAUACUGAUCCGCUUUAGAGAGGGACGCGUGGGCAUUUCAGGUGACAUCAAGGAAAUGUUUCACCAAGUGGGCAUAAGGCAGGAGGACCGUUGUGCUCAAAGAUUUCUUUAUCGUAGCAACCCAAAUGAUAAACCACAAAUUUUCGAAAUGAAGGUAAUGACCUUCGGGGCAACAUGCUCCCCCGCAUGCGCCCAGUUCGUUAAGAACGAAAAUGCAGCACUUUUUCAAACGAGGUAUCCGGAAGCAGCGAUUGCAAUUGUCCGCAACCAUUAUGUGGAUGAUUAUCUAGACAGUUUCGAUUCUGAUGAAUUGGCGAUCAAGAGAACAAAGGAAGUGAUAAAUAUACACGAUGAAGCGAAAUUCUAUAUCAGAAAUUUUUUAUCGAACUCAGUUAAAGUAUUGGAAAGUCUACCUAAAGAGAGAGUGAGUGACUCCAACCUGAUGAAAAUAUGUGAAUCAGACAACACAUAUGAUAAAAUCCUCGGUCAGUGGUGGGAUAGAGAAAGGGACUCACUUAAGUAUAUAAUAAAAGGCUUAAUAGAAACAGGAGGGAAUGCCACUAAAAGAAUAUUACUAUCAAACACAAUGAAAAUUUAUGACCCCUUGGGAUUAAUUGCUAACUACGUGGUAGAAUCAAAAAUAUUAAUGCAAGACAUCUGGAGGCAAGGAUUGGAUUGGGAUGAUAAGUUGCCGGCGGAGCUGCAAAGGAGAUGGCAGGAAUGGGUGACAAAGAAAAAGUAA